AUGAGCACCUGGAUGAACGAAGCCGCGGUCCCCAACCAUAAUGGCAACGGCUUCCCUCACAUGAACGAUCCCAAUGCCGCCGGAGCCAUGAUGGAUCCCUCUGCCUUCAUGGGCAACCCGGCCCAUUUCAACCCGGCCCAGUUUGCCAAUCCCCAGCAGGCGCAGCAAGCCCAGCAGCACCAGGCCCAGCAACAACAGCAGCAGAUGGCCGCCAUGCAAAAUGGACAGAUGCGCAACGCUUCGCCAUCGUCUUUCCAGAAUCCCGCCUAUCAAACAAACCAAGUGAUCCCCUCGAAACGACCCCGUCCUCGCGAAGACAGCCUCGCCGGCUCACCGCGACAAAACCCGGGCAUGCUGCCGACGUCGCGCUCCGAGACGCCCCAGACGUUCCCCGGUUAUCAAGGCGCCAUGUCUCAACAAGGUCAAAGUCAGCCAUCGCCGUAUCCUCAUCUCCAGAAUGGCUCCGCGAAUGCGACGCCAUCCCCGAUAAUGGCAAACCAGUUGAGGCCCGGUAGCGUUCCUCAAAGGGUCGCGACCGCGUCACCUCAUCCAUUCUCGCCCGGCGCGCAACAGUUUGCUCCCCAGGCAUCGCCAAAUCCAUCCGAACAUGGUACGCCUCAACCGAAUCACUACAUGCAGAACCCGAACAUGCCCCCGGGCUUCAAUCCCAACUUCACGCCGACGCAACAGUCGCCGGCGAGACCCUCUCCUAACCCGAACGCGAUGGCAGGAGGGAUGAUGCCCCAGCAAAUGGGACAGAUGCCACAACACAUGGGACAAAUGCCGAAUCAGAUGCUGCCGCCCAACAUGCAGCCGCGAAAUGCGAUGGAACAGCAACAAAUGGCCGCGUACCAGGCUCGUCUUCAGAAACAGUUACAGCAAGGCAAUAUCCAGGGCAUGCAAAAUAUGCAGAAUAUGCAGAACAUGCAAAACAUGCAGAAUAUGCAGAUGGCGGCUCAGAUGCAGGCCCAGAGCAUGGCUCAGGGUCGUGGCAUGAUGCCCAAGCAGCCUAUGCCAAUGUCGAACGGCCAGAUGCCCCCAGGCGCGAUGCGUCCCCAGCAGCAACCGCAGCAGCAGCGCCCGAUGCCCCGAACCGAUCCCGACCAGUUCAUGAAGAGCCUCACAACGUUCAUGACGGCUAAAGGCCUUCAGUUUGACCCGAACCCUGCCAUCGGCAACCGUCCGGUUAGUUUGUUGACGCUUUUCCAAGCUGUUCAAGCCAAAGGUGGAUAUAAACCUACCACUGCUGGCAACCAAUGGCCAAACGUCUCCAAUCAAAUCGGAUUUCACCCUGGACAAAUACCGCAGGCGCCUCACAUGAUGAAGGAGAUUUACGAAAGGAACUUGCUGAGGUUUGAAGAGGCUUGGCAUGCUCAGACAAAUAGGCAACGUAUGAUGCAACAACAGCAGCAGGGCAUGCCCAACCAGCCCAUGCCUGGUCAGCAACCUCAGGGAACUCCAACCAAGCAGAUGUCUCCCCAAGGCCAGAUGCCCCAGCAACAGAUGAUGCCGCAAGGACAGCCGAACAUGCCUCCGCAAGCCCAGACGCCCGUUAAGCAAGGGUCGUUCAGUGGUCAGCCUCCUGCUGUGAAUGGUUUCCAAACUCCUCAACCGCCAGGACAACAGACACCAGCAAAUGUGCCGCCAGGUCAUGCGCGUAACAGCUUGUCGCGAAGCGUCGAGCCGACGCCUGGUCACCCGAACUUCCCCGCAGCGUCUCCCGCCUCCGUAAAGGGUGGCGGUAUGCCGAUGCCCGCCCCUCCCGUCAUGGACCAGAACCCUAUGGCUGCUUCGAUCAAGCCCCGUAUGCUGCGUCUCGCUCAAGAAUCCGACGAGUACACUCCAAGCGCCCGACCGCUGGAGGCUUAUGGUGGUAUCAACGUUCGCGCUUUCGAUCUGAAGGGGUUAGAGCUCCAGGCGUUGAAACCCGAUAUUCCGCCGCCAUAUGAGCUUGGCUACGUGGACUUGCACGCCCUUACCCGCAGCUUGGAGUCUGGUAUCCACGGCGAGGUUCGCCUCGCAUUGGACACCUUGGCAACGGUGACGGCAACCCAACAUCAGGCCCUGCAUAUCCAUCUGAAGUACUGCGAGGAGCUCAUUGAGGCUUUGCUGGAGUGUGCGGAGGAACAAUUGGAUUUUCUGGUGGAAAACACGGAAGAGUCGUCGUCGGAUAUCCAGCUUACACCGUACGAGGACGUCGCACGCGCAUGCUGGACCGAGAAGAUGGGUGUCAAGGAGUUGCCGAAGUUCGGGUCGCCAGAGUACGAGCUUGACCGAGCCGUUGAUCGUUUCUCCUGUGUCAUCACGAUUCUCCGUAAUCUGUCCUUCCCGGAGGCUGCCAACGAGAAUCAUAUGGUGCUUGGCGACGAGCUCGUCAUCAAGUUCCUUUGCGCCACCAUUCGAUACUUGGGCACGCGCAGCAUGCUUUUCCGAACGAACGCGAACACCCUCGAGUUCAUGAAGGAUGCCAUCAUCCUGCUGUCCAACAUCGCUGGUGCGGUCGAGAUUCCCGGUCGUGAACAAGCUCUGUGCUUGCUGCAUUUCCUUUUGGCCUUCGCUCCCGCACCUGGCCCGACGGUGGUAGAAGAUAAGAUGUACUUCCCUCCUUACCAGCCUGGUGUCCACACCUACACCUUCCACGCCGUGGAUGCGUUGGCCAGGUUCCUGGCAAGAGAUGAACCGAAUCGCACACACUACAAGACGAUUUUUGCGAUGGACGCUAGUAGCAAUCCGCCUUUCGACCUACUUACACGGGCAUUUGCGCUUUCGACGACCGUCAUCCCCAUCCAGACACCUGAGUCUGCUGUGGCACACGUGGAGGCCCCGGAAAAGUUUUUCAGACUGAUCGAGGACCGCAAGCCCUGGCUCAUGCAGGGUCUUCUGGCUGCCGAUAUCAUCGCAUCCCUUGCGCCGGGUCACGAGACGGGUAUCGCGAAGGCCUGGCUCACAAGCGGAAAUGGAUUCGCACAGAGCUUGUACCACUUUGUGCAGGUACUCGGCGCCCAGUUCGAGCAGCCGUGGCAAACGCGAAACGGCCAAGGCGAUCCCGCUGGUCGAGAUAACGGGCUGGUGUACAUUGCCACCUGCGGGAUUUCAACGCUGCGGCGGUUGGCCGAAAAGGCUCGGGACCCUAACGACCCCAAGUCCAGCCUUCCUGCCGACGCGUUACCGUCGGAGGAGUCCGUCUUCAAGAUGAUGCUCAUGCGGUCGCCCGAGUGGACCAAGGAUGGUGUGAUCAAGAACCUAUCGGCUUACUCAGCGUUGGAUUGA